AAUGGCAACUAGAUCAUUACUUGACCGUUUUAUGAGCUCAUAUGGAAUUGGGAUGACUUUUGGUGUAUUUGGUGCAAUGUCUUGGCAUCAUUUAAAUCGUUAUCAAUUUCAUCAUAUUAAUAAAAAAAUGGAAGAAGAUUACAGAGAAAAUGGUUAUCCUAAAUAUUUAAAAAAAGAAUUACGAGCAAAGUGGGCGGAAAUACGCCGUAAAGAAAUACUGCAACAAUUAAAGAUGUGUGGGUAUGUUUUGGGGGUUGCUGGAAUGAUGGCGAUUAUUAUUAGAAUUUCUCGAAGAACAUUUCGACAAAUUCCUUCCCCAACAAAAGAAAAUCGUUUACCAAUUAGUGAUACAACAGCAGCAUUCGUUUUUGGUGCUUUGUUAAUUAAUGGCCCAUAUUUCCUUUUUGAUUUUUGGGAAGGGGAAAGAAUUGCUAAAUGGAAGGCUGGAAAUGAAGAAAAAGGCAAAAUUAAAAAUAAUUAG